CUCCGAUCCCCAGAAUCUCUCGUUUCCCCGGCUGGAGCUGUGGCCCGGACAGAACAAGGGGAGGAGGCCUGUGGGGGGAGCCGGCAGGACUCCGAGGAAAGAGAAACAUCGGUGGCUCUGAGCACUGGUGGGAUCAUGACCAAAACGGAGACGCAGUGUCUUGAGGAGCAUCACCCCCACCGCGAGCGGCGCCAGGUGGCAUCGGGAAGGCGGGUUUUCUGGAGUCCUGAGCAGCGAGAGCCCCAGGAUGCCCCCAGGGCGGAGGAUCAGUGUGGAGCUGCGCUCAGUAAUUCCCCUGAGCAGCCAGUCCUGCUCCCAGGGUCAGAACCUCCCUUGCCCUCUGCAGGGGCAGGAUCAGGCCCUGGGUGGGCCAGAGUUCCAUGCGAGAGCCGAAACGUGGCUGCCCCUCACGCCGCGCAGGCGGGGGAGCGGCCCCAUGCCUCGAGUGCCAUGAAAUCCCAGGCCCGCUCACCGGCAGAUGAGCCGGUUCAGUGCCAAAGGAGCUUCCCCCAGCCCACGAGCCUGGCCGCCCACCAGCCCAAGCCCAGUGGGCAGAGGCCCCAUGUCUGCAGCGAGGGCGGCCAGAGCUUCAAGCAGCAGCAGAACCUGAUUAUCCACCUGAGAACCCACAGCAAGGCCAAGCCACACCAGUGCAGCCAGUGCGGGCAGAGCUUCCUCCACCGCUCCCGGCUCACCUACCACGCCCGCAUCCACACCGGCGAGCGGCCCUACGCCUGUGCCCAGUGCGGCAAGAGCUACAGCCGCAAGGAGCACCUCCAGAACCACCAGCGGCUGCACACCGGCGAGCGGCCCUUCCAGUGCCACGAGUGCGGGAAGUGCUACAGCCGCAAGGAGCACCUGCAGUACCACCAGCGCAUCCACACCGGCGAGCGGCCCUUCCAGUGCGCCGCCUGCGGGAGGAGCUUCAUCCGCAAGCAGAAUCUGCUGAAGCACCAGCGCGUCCACACCGGGGAGCGGCCCUACCAGUGCGGGGAGUGCGGGAGGAGCUUCCGCUACAAGGAGUCCCUCAAAGACCAUCAGAGAACUCACAAGGCUGAGCCAGGGCUGCCCCGUGGCCUGCACCCAGGAUCCGGGCUCAGAAAGCAGACGCCUCUGUGUGAGAGAGGAGUCAAAGAGGGGUCUGGGAGCUGAUGAUAAUACUCAGCCCUUGUGCAAUGUUUGGGGAGCCUGGCUCUCCCCAAGCGUGGGGCAGGAAAAGUGAAAGGACUUGGUCACAACACAGUGCCAGGAAUCGAACUUGAGUCUCCUGAAUCCCAGCCUCGUGCUCUAACCACUAGUCCACACUGCUUUCCUGUAGCAGGAAACUUCUUUUGGCUAAAACCCCCUCUGAACGUGAGCUGGGCACAUUUCUCUGCUCGUGUAGAACUCGUCUCUGCCACCUGGAGCAGUGUCCCAGCUACGGGCAUCACAGCCUUCUCCUCUGCAGCGCCUGCUGCCCUGAACCUCUCCAGCUGCUUUCAGAUCUCCUGGGGUUGUAGGGAGCCAGCCUCGCUCCCAUCCCCCUCUGUUCUCUUGCACAAUGGAAAAUAAAGUUU